CUGAGGGGUGUCUGGGCUGCUACGGGGAGGCUGUGGGAAGGCUUCGCAGCUGCCGAGCUCGUGGUGACUUCUGGCAUCUUGCUGGUGUAGGGCUAAAACGCGUGGAGCUCUGAGCUGAAGGAGCUUCCUAACUGCGUGACUUUGGCUGAGUUCUUAGUGUUGCUUGGUCUGAUGAAUUCCAAAAUGAAACAAAGCCUGAACGUGGAGAACCCAUCUGGAUCUCUGCAGAAGUACUUCACAGACACUGCAUGCAGUGCUGCCCCAAGACAGACUCUUAAGAUGAUUCAGCCUUCUGCAAAAGGUUGCCUGGUUGGAAGGUGUAAUGAGAAGAAAUCUUCAGUCAAGAGGAAACUCUGGAAUAACAGGCUUACUUCUUCAGCUUGUAAAGCUGAGGAAUCUGUGGACAGAGAGCAAGAAAAUGAGAAUACAGAUGAUGUCAUUCAAGCUGUAGAUCUCAUCAAAAAAAGUCCUUCAUCUCAAUAUUGGAAAGAAGUGGCUGAAGAAAGGAGGAAGGCUCUGUAUGAAGUGCUUCAAGAAAAUGAAAAGUUACACAAAGAGAUUGAACAAAAAGAUGGUGAAAUCGCCCGCCUAAAGGAGGAAAAUGAGGAGCUCAUGUCACUGGCUGAACACGUGCAUUAUUUGACCAGCAUGAUCGAGAGGCUAACGGGGCAAGAAUCUGAUAAUCUUGAGACACUGGAAAGUCUGGCUUUAGAUGAAUCCAAGCAAGAAAAUGAAGAACUUAACCUUGGUGGUGAUGCAGACAGCACUUCUUCAGAAGGGCCAUCACAAGCAUUGUGUGACUUAAGGAAGAGUGUCUUGCUUCAAGUGAAGGAAAUUAACUAACAACUGUGACCUUAAGUAGGCUUAUGUAUGUGGAUUCUUUUAAUUGCAGACUUCCCCUUGAAAGGGCAUACUACAUCUUCUCAGGUAUAGAAACUCUUGUGGGAGCAUGAGGGUGGCUUUUAACUGAAAUUAUGUAGCAGGGAGUAUCUCUGUACUGCUUGUAAAACUUACUACAGGCUGCAGUUAGUUGCUUGUUUAAAAUGCAAAUACUGUGUAUUUCAAACUGUUGUUUAAGUAUCAAAUGGUCUGACAUAAUGCAUGAGAACAGAGAAAUAAAUUUUUGCCUUACCAAA